UCACCUUCGCACGAAUAUAGUCUUGUGGCCUGGUAGGCAAAAAAUGCAGAUCUUACAUAAAGGUUCAUAUCCUCCCUCACUGAAGCCCUCCUAGUUUCAGAGCAGAGAUUAUCCAGUAUCGUUAAAUUACCUCUUCGAAAUGGCAUGCCGGCCCUUACUUCGAAUCAUAGCCUUGUACUGGUUAUGCCUGUGUGCGCGUGCUGCUGGGCCUUACCAGUCACUCGGAGACAUCUUCAACAACCAGCUUGCUCAUUUGGAACAAGCAAAGCCCACCAAAAACCCCUAUUUAGGAGGUCAAAAUUUUGGCUACUGUUGUCGCCUUGCCGUCAAUGAAUCCUUGGAGAUAAUUGACGGACAACUUCAAUUCAAGCCUGGUCAAAUUCACCUCAGCGGCAACAUAUCGACGUUUCUCCAGUACCAAUUUCCUUGUGGAGCCAGCUACAACGGAUCACAAGGCCAGCCAAGACAAGUAUGGGUGACAUGGAGAUGGUGCAACAAGAAUUGUCCCGGCUGGGAGAUCUCCAAACCUGAACGAUACAGUUUUUGGAUCCAGCCUUUGGUCGCCUUCAUCAUUCCCUCGGUCGUAUUUUGUCUCAGCAUUCCCCGAAGACGCAGAAUCCAGGUCCCAGAUGUUCUAUUUCCCCGCAAUGGAAGCACUCUGUCGAAAGCAGUCGUCCUCCCGCUCAAGGCGACCGUAGCAUUUAUCAUAGUCGCACUUGAUAUCCUCAUCUGGCUGGCCACAGUUCUCGCUCUGGCAGGCCCGAUGUUGAUAUCCGGUAUCUUCGAGGCAGUACUUGACCUUCGUGUUAUCACACUAUUAGUUAGAAAACGAGAUAUAUCAUUGCGAGAUCAAGCUCGGCUUCUAUACGCAGUUCUCAUCGGCAAUCUCGAUCAAUCGCCUGCAUGGGGUCACAUGAACGCUAUUACGCAGGAACUCCCUAGUGAAAACUACGUACCUGCACCUAGUGUUCUUUCUUACAUCACGACGACCAAAGCCCGCCUGAAGUCUAUGCUAGAAUCACAAUACAGCUUUGGUUCAACGGUCGGGGCAGCGAUCAUCUUCUUCAUGGGAGGAUUCAUAUUUGCGCUAAUUGAAAUACAAUCGACCUACGGAAUAUCAUCUACUGCGCAUCGCCUGGCAUUUGGCAUGUUCUGGAUGAUCAUACCACACGUCGCGAUCGUGAGCAGUGUUCUCCUCGCUGGCAACAACCCAAGUUCUUGGAACUGCGUGGCGUCCCAGUAUUCUAGCGCGGACUUGGAUGAGCUGAGCCAUUCACCAGGCUCAAGCACUGCAGUCGACAAAGGCAGGUUUUCGUUGGGAUCAUCACGUAAAUGGCUUAGCAGCUUUUAUGCGAUGCUUUAUCAGCCCUCUUACCAAAGUAUCUACCACUCAGCGUCGCUAUGGAAUCGCGGGACAAACAAAGCAAUGUGGCUGUCAAGUCUCUCCGCAGAAAACUCCCUUCCUUCUGUUAAGAGUGAAGUACUUCACCUUGGGACAACGAAAUGGCUUUUCUACUGCAUUUUCCCCGCCAUGUUCCUCCUUGUAAUUCCAUCCUUGUUUGGGAUAAUGAUCAGUUACGUCACGCCAGUUGUCGGUAUUAGUUGUCGCUCUGGCGCUAUUCUUGUCUAUGUCUCAGCCCAAAUACUACUCACGAUUCUCUGGAUAGUCGAUGUUCGCCUUUGGAAAAGAGAUUCUAAAGGCGAAUUUCUUACUCUAGGAUCUCCCCCCAGGGGAUCGUGGGCGCAGAAGCUUCCUUGGUAUAUUCUAGGCUUUCUGGGUGUUUUGGCAACCUUCUUCUUUUCCAUCCUUAGUACCAUCUUCACGUUCAUCAACCUCUACGUGAAUUGUUUAUGCUUUUUCCCCAUAUGGCAUUGGUGGGACCGCUACAACUCGAAUGCUCAAGUCUAUCUUGGAAGCAAUAGUGAUGAGAAGAUUAAUAACGCGAGAAGAUACUGGACGCCGUGCGGCUUAUCAGCCACAGCCUUUCUCGUCGCGGCCGCGUACAUCGGGUGGUGGUAUCAGCGGCGCCUUCGAGCCCAGUUCCGUGACCUUGUCGACAAUUUGGGUACUGAUACCCUGCACAUAUCUCAUCGGAGAGAGGUUUCGCAUCAAAACGGGGCAAGGCAUAUAAGCAGCUCAAGUGCCGGUCUUCCUCAGGCACAAUCCUGCUGA